CUCAAAGCGACUCCCAUCCACCAAAUACUCCGCUAGCUCCUGUCGCAUCCGCGUGAUACCCAUGCCUGCCUACCACUCCUCCUUCCUCGAAGAUGCCGACACCCGCAUCGUCAGCACCAUGGCGCUCCUCCCCCUCAACACAAAAGUCAAAGGCCCCGCCUACCCACCGCAAGACCCAGGAGCACCAGAUAUCCUAGACGAAUGCGUAGAGCUCUUUAGAGCCAAUACGUUCUUCCGAAAUUUCACAAUCGAUGGACCGAGCGAUAGAACGCUCAUCUAUGGCAUUCUCUACAUCUCCGAAUGCCUCACGAAGCUCAUGACGAGUGGGCAAAAGUACGGACCACAGGGUGCAGUGCCUAAGCAGGAAGCAGUCAAGCUGCUCACUACCCUGGCACUCGACCAAUUCUCUAUCCCAGGAGAAGCUGGGUUCCCGCUCAAUAACAUCUACGCGGCGCCUAGUAACAGAAAUGAAGCUGACUUGCUGAGAAGCUACUUGACGCAAUUCAGACAAGAACUCGGAGCAAGAGUCAUUGAGAAAGUAUACUUCAGGGAUGCAACAAGACCAGACAAGUUUUGGCUCGCCUUUACAAAACGCAAGUUUAUGGGACGUUGAAGGCUUUUCAUCCUCUUUUCUUUCGGCAGGAUCAUAAGCAUGAGUAGCACGACGAAUCAGCAUACGAGUAAUGCCCAAGCCCUUUUAUUUCU